AUGCAUGCCUUUCACCUCCCCUCCAUCCAUACAAAGUACGCAACCUCCCAUCCCCCUCUCCCCUCCCUCCUCAUCGAAAAACCCCCCUCCCCCCAUCCCCACCCCCACACGCCCCCAACGUCGCCCCCUCACCCAAAACCCUCCACGCAACCCUGA